AUGAGCCGAUAUAAAUCAACAAAUAGUUCAAUUAAAAGUCAUCUAUCAACAGCAAGUUUACCAAAAGAAGAAGUUAAUGUUGUUUUACUUGGAAAACAAAGUGUUGGUAAAUCAGCAUUAGUUGUUAAAUAUUUAACGAAACGUUUCAUUCGUGAAUAUGAUCCAUUUCUUGAAGAUACUUAUUGGAAACCAGAUGUU